UCUCAUGAAUGUAUAAUAAUCACGCGGAGCCGGAAAUUCGUGGAGGAGGAGCAAUUUUUGUUUUGAAAAUGUUUCAGUCCUGAUAUAAAUUGAAUAAUACGUAGGAACAAAUUCAUAAACCAUGAUAAAAGCUAUUCUUGUUUUCAACAACCACGGGAAGCCUCGUCUUUCGAGAUUCUACCAAUAUUAUCCAGAGGAUAUGCAGCAGCAGAUUGUGAGAGAGACAUUCCAUUUGGUUUCCAAGAGGGAUGAUAAUGUUUGCAACUUUCUUGAAGGCGGAACUCUGAUAGGGGGAUCUGACUUCAAGAUAAUCUAUCGUCACUAUGCCACCUUGUAUUUUGUGUUUUGUGUUGACUCAUCUGAAAGUGAGCUUGGUAUUCUUGAUCUUAUUCAGGUUUUUGUUGAGACUCUGGACAAAUGUUUUGAGAAUGUGUGUGAACUAGAUCUCAUCUUUCAUGUAGACAAGGUACAUCAUAUACUGGCAGAGCUUGUGAUGGGAGGUAUGGUGCUAGAGACCAAUAUGACAGAGAUCAUUACGAGAAUUGAAGAACAAAAUAAACUUGAGAAAUCUGAGCAAUCACUAGAUGCUGUUUUAUUGCGUUCUUUGAGUGACAAAUUUACCAAGAUCUAGAUCUAGCUGGUAUAACAGCAGCACCUGCGAGAGCUGUGUCAGCUGUCAAGGACAUGAACAUUCCACAGAAAAUUAAGGACAUGAAACUACCAGACUUGCCAUCGAUAGGAAACCUAAAAUUCUAGUCACCACCUACAUGUACAUUGUGUAAAUCAUAAUGACUUUUAAACAAACAAUGAAAUAAUUGAAGUUGUGUAUAUAAAGGAACUUUUGAACUAGGAAUAAGCUUCCUCAUAUAAUGAUAUAUAUAUAUAUAUAUACAGGGUUCCGUAAAUUUGGGCAGAUUCUUUUCAAUUCCAGUACUGUUAGUCUGCCCACUUUUACGUUUAUAUCUGCCCACUUCUACGGUAUUUUACGGAAUGAAUCUAUAGAUCAAAUGUACAUCUGCCCACUUCUAUGGUAUAGUAAAAAUAUAUAUAUGUUAUACAGUUAAACCUGUAUGAAGCAGCCAGUCAAGGUAGCAACACAAUCUGGCUUAUUAAGGCAGGCAGCUGCUUUAGAUAAAUUGAUAUUAGAACAAAAACUUAAUUGAGGAUGUAAGUUGGCUGAUUGCUUAAGGCAAGUGGCUGCUUAAUACAGGUGAUUAUAUGUGGAUGUUACAUGUUACCAUAUGCCAGCCUUUCAUAAUUAAGAACUUACCAUUACAUGUAUUUUUAUCAAGAUUAAUCUGUGCUAAUUUAUUCUUUAUUUGACUUAUUUGUAGAAGGAUCAUCUGUUACUUAAAACAUUUUUAUCAAGUCUUGUAGAAUUCAUAGCAAAAAUUCCCAUUGAAAAAAAAUUUUUUUUUGAUUGGGGUGGUUUUGUUUAUGUGAUUGUGAAUCCAUUUAUUUUUUUGUUUUAAAAAAAGAUACAGGUCUAAAAUAGAAUUUUUUGAAAUAGUAAGAAUGUAACUUUAUCAUGUGUUUCCUAAAACAUUUGAUUACAACACUUGGAUCAAGAUAUGACUUAAAACCAGUCUUGUAAUGCAGCACUGCCAUUGGUCAGUUUUAAGUGUAUGCUCAGAAUCAGCCAAUCAGAUACUUGAAUUUUGAGACUGGUCUCCAAUCUCAAACUAGAUCCCAGUGUUGACAAAUGAAAUGAAGGAAUGUAUUCAAACUUCUGACUGUAAAUAGUUUGUACCUCAGAUGAGGAAAAUGUUUUCAUUUAUGAUUUUGAGUUUGUUUUGAAGUAAAGAAUCACCUCAGUGGGUGAGUUAUGACCCUUUAAUUAGUUGAAAAUGAGAGAAUUUUCAAUUAGUCUGCCCAUUAAGUAGAGUAUUUUAAAAGUCAAAAGUAAUUUGCUUUUCUGGGCAUACCAGUUGAUUACCGGUAUAACAGUUUGGCUCUCUUGUUUUUUGUUUAUUUUGCAUGAUGUUUUGUUGUAAGUCAUAUUAAGUUUUUUGUUUCAAGAUUUUAAACAUUCAUAUUCAUCACAGGUUCUUCACAGUCACUAGAUUAACUUCUGAUUAAAUUUGUUUUAUUUAUUUGUAUGCAUAUGUAGUUUUAAUCAGCCAAUCAGUUAUCCUAUUUUUGACUUGCCACAUUCAAAUUUAAGUAUCAUAUAGCAAAAUACACUCAAGAAAUUUAGAAAUACUACAUUGAACCAUUGAAAGAAUUUUUACCAGUAAGAUUUUCUAUAAUGUGUAUAUUAAUUUAUCAUGUUUGCUUAAUUGCGAUGUGCUCGGUGUAGUUUCAGUUACGUCCACGUACCAAUUUACAGAAAGCGUGACUGGUCUAGCUGCAUGAUAGCGCUUCAACAAAAGAUUUUGAAAUACAUAUACUUUUGAUAAGUUGACAAUCAUUUUCAUUAACAUAAGCUGAAGUUUAGGAAAUUGGAGCAAUUAAGAAGAAAUCUUGGCUCAUGAGUUUGUAAUGUACUUCUGCUUUAUGUAUCAUUACAUUUUUGUAAAUGUACACUAUGGAUUUGGAAAGAAAUGAAUUGCAACUUAAGCUGCACAGGUGAGAAUGGUCAAGCUUAGACUGUCACAGAUUUAAUGACUGUCAUAUUUGAUCAGAUUUUAUGAAUAAUAAUAAUAGUAUGUAAAAACAUUGUGUAUACAAGCUGAAGGAAUAAAAAUAUUGCCUUAAAUGAAUAUUGUGCUUCUAAUUUUCUUGAGUGUACUUGGCAAGCUGCUAACAAUGACUGAAGACCUCACAAAAUGAGUAUUCCAGGUAAUUCGGCAUGGAUAUUGAAACAGAUGCAGUCACGCUUUUCACCGACAAUUUGCUUUAGUUUGGAAGAUCAGUCACAAAACACAGCUGAUUGGCUUUACCCUGUUCAGUAAACGAAAUGAAAAUAUUCACAAGACAUGCCAGAGGUUCAGAAGCAAGUAACUAUGGUAGACCAUUGUAUUAAAUAUGAAUGUUUAAAUGCAGAUGAUGAGUGUGUAAUGUCUAUUAUGUUAUAAUCUUAUGUCUGUUUAAAGCUUUAAUAUAUUUACAUGAGAGAAUGUCAUGAAAUAAUUAUGUGUGCAAUACUGUUUGAUAUUUGAAACAAUACACACAACUUUAUAAUACAGCAAUACUUGAAAAUCUGGGAAAUAUGCCAUUCAGCAGUGUAGGGUAUAAUGUGGUGGCAUAUAUCUGCCAUCAACACAUUCAUUUAUUUGUGUCGAUAGUUUUCUCUAAAAUGUCACAUAUCCAGUUGUCUGAAAAGUCUAAUGUUUUCCAGAUAAUUAUCUUAGCAGCUAGUGCUCACUAUUGCCACAACAUAUAGAUAUUGUAAAAGGUUUCUUAAUAGCCAGUUAACUAAAAAUAGAUUAUUUUGAAGCAGUAAAGACAAACUCCCAUUUAUUAAAACAAUUCCAUAAGGUAGAGCAGGAACAAACAAUGUCUAUUUUUAGGUAAGUGUUUACUAAACAAAAUUAAAGAAUAACUUUAGACAAAAAUCAAGAUGUAUAGUUAACAUAAGCGAGUAUGUAGUUGUCAGACCGUUUUGUCCUGUUAAAGACACGAGUGGAUAACACAAAACUUUUCUGCUUGCUAGAUUGUAACUGAAUAAAUGACACUUUAAAGAAAAAAUAAGUCAGCAUGUGGUUGGCAGAAAUUUGCCAUUACAUAGGAUAACAAAAAGUGUUGUGUUUUCAAAUACCAGUAUGAUGAGCUAUGUAAGGGGCACUACUCUGGUGACCUUGUUAUAUUUCAAAGGGAGAUAAUUUGCUUUGCUCACGUUAUUAAUAAGUAAAUUUUAGAUUUUAUCAGUAUAUCUGUCAAAAUAAAGUUAAAACUGAACUGCCAAUAUUUUGUUUGUUAUUAAGUUAGCAUUCUUGAUAAUGUUUUAAGAUGUAACUGUAAUCAAGAAAUGAGUAAAUGCAGUAUUAUUGUC